AUGUUGGAUGAUCUUCACUACAUUCUCCAAGCUUCCUCUGAGGCUGCAGUGGAAAGAGUCCAGCGCUGCCCCCUGCUGGAGGAUCCACAGCUGCCCUCAGGAGCUCUGAUAGACCAGGCCAAACAUCUGGGCAACCUGGCCUUCAACAUCUGGAGCAACAUGAAGAACAUGGUGUCCUACACUCCUCUCAUCCUGGACCCAAACACUGCUGGUUCAAGUCUCAUCCUGUCUGAAGAUCUGACCAGUUUGACUUUUGGAGAGAAUCAGAAGCUUCCUGAUAAUCCAGAGAGGUUUGUGUUCCUGUGGUCUGUCCUGAGUUCUGAGGGCUUUAACUCAGGGAACCACAGCUGGGAUGUUGAUGUUGGAGACAGUGAACGCUGGAUGCUUGGUGUGUUAGAAGAGUCUGUCCAGAGGAAGGGAGCCAUAAAGUCUGGAUAUGUUGUUAUAAUGUUUAAUAAAGGUAAAUACUUAGCAGAGUCUCCAUCAUCUCUUCCCAAACUUCUCUCAGUUCAGAAGAAGCUCCAGAGGAUCAGAGUGAAUCUGGACUGGGACAGAGGAAAGCUGUCCUUCUCUGAUCUGGACACUAACACACACAUACACACCUUCACACACACCUUCACUGACAAGAUGUUUCCAUACUUCCCCACUGCUGGUAAAGUAAAAAUCUUACCCAUGAAGAUCUCAGUGAGCAAACAGCAGCUCUGAUGUUCUCAGCAUGAAGAACACAAAGUCCAAAUGAAACCUUAUUGAUCUGAUUGAAACUCAGUGUUUGAAACAGGAAACUGGAAAUUUUGUAUUAAUCCGUUAUAAAUACUGCAAUUUGAAAAGUUUAUUUAAAUCCUAUUUCUAAAUAGUGAUUUAAAAUCUCCGAUUCAUCAAUGUAAAUAUAAAUACCUUUCUUCUUUAAACAUUUUUAAAAGGUAAUGCCCUUUUUCAAUCUUUCAUCUUGCAUUUUCUUUAUACUUUAUCAUCUCCAUUUAGCAUUUCAAUGAACCUGGCAAACAGUGUGCUCAGGGACCAGAAGGGCCAUGCAAACGAUAAAGUGAAGAAAAUAAGUAUUUGAACACCGUGCUAUUUUGCUGGUUCUCCCACUUAGAAACAUUGAGGGGUCUGAAAUUAUCGUAGGUGCAUGUCUGUGAGAAUCCUUUGUAUGAUACAGCUGUAAAUAAGAAUUUUUAUAUUUUUUUUCCUGUCCUAUUUUUUUUUAUUUAAUUUGUUUCUUUUUCUUUAAAUUGUCCUGAGUCCAAUUCCAAGCUCCGAUUCCCCCGCUCACACCCCCCCUCCCACACACACAAAAAAAAUCCCCCUCAUUGAAGAAGAACGGCCAAAAACAAGUCAGUGUCCAACACCCACCGCCACACCGCGAGGACCCCUCCACCCAGAAAAAUCAACAUGCCUGCCCUCCCAGGAGACAAACAAGCCGGCCGAACGGGAACCCCACCGACAGCGCAUCGGCGGCACGCGGGGUGCCCGAGCGGCCCUAGCAGAAACAACAUCGGAAGGCCGAUAUGGACGGACCGACGGCACCAACCAAGCCCCCAGGCGGAUUCCCCCACCCAAAAACACAGUAUACCACUCCACUCCCACCGACCACAGCAAACACAGCCGCAAGGCAAAACAAAGGACAUAGCAGCCCCGCCCGGCGCGCGCCAGAGGGCCAGAGCAGCAAAUAAGAAUUUGAACAUCUGUCUAUCAGUUAGAAUUCUGACCAUCAAAGACCUGUUAGUCUGCCUUCAAAAUGUCCACCUCCAAUCCUUUUAUUAUUCUAAAUUAGCUGCACCUGUUUGAGGUGGUUAGCUGCAUAAAGACACCUGUCCAUCCCACACAAUCA